AUGACUGCUGACCAGAAGAAACCCGGCCUCGACAGCCAUGUCCCUCACGAUGAUGUCCUCAAGCAGGGACAGCUCGACGACUUCAACCGUCCCCUGGGGCAAGGGGAGGAUGUCGCGGUGCAGUUCCUCGCCCAGCUGGAUCCCGUCAUCAUGGCGACUCCUAUCGCUGAGGCAGAAGCGCGCCGCGUGCUGUGGAAGAUCGAUCUGAUCCUGAUCCCAUUGAUCAUGGUCACCGUCGUGCUGGCCGCCGUCGACAAAGUCAUCAUCUCCAACGCUGCCAUCUACGGCAUGGAAACCGACACCCAUCUCACGGGUAACGAGUACUCCUGGGUGGGCUCGAUCUUCUACUUUGGCUACCUGGUCUUCGAAUACCCAGCCGCAUUGCUCAUCCAGCGACUCCCCGUGGCCAAGCUCUACGCGGCCAUGGUCUUCACCUGGGCCGUGCUGAUGCUCUGCACCGCGGCGACGCACAACUUCGCCGGCCUCGCUACCGUACGCUUCCUGAUGGGCAUGCUAGAAGCAUCCGUCUUUCCCAUCUCCAGCAUUCUCACCGUAAUGUGGUGGAAGACCAGCGAGCAGCCCAUCCGAGUGGCCUUCUGGUUCAACCAGCUGUCGUCCGUCUUCUCCGGCGUCGUCAGCUACGGCAUCGGCCACACCCACACAGCCCUCCACCCCUGGCGACUCCUCUUUCUCGUGCUCGGCGCCUUCUCCAUCCUCUGGUCCAUCAUCCUCUACAUCUUCCUACCCGACUCGCCCGUCCAAUGCUGGUACUUUUCCGACCGCGAAAAGUUCGUCUGCCUCGAACGCGUCAAGGACAACAACACCGGCAUGGAAGACAAGACCAUCAAAUGGUACCAGGUGCGCGAAUGCCUCCUGGACCCCAAGACCUGGCUGCUGGCCCUCUUCUCGCUCGCCCAGAACAUCCCCAACGGCGGCCUCGUCACCUUCUCCGCCCUCAUCGUCACCGGCCUGGGCUACUCCUCCCUGAUCACCACCGUCCUCGGCAUUCCCACCGGCGUCCUCGCCACCAUCUGGCAACUCCUCCUCUCCUUCCUCGCCUCCCGCAUCCCCAACUCCCGCUGUCUCAUCAUCGCCAUCUCCAACCUUGUCCCCAUGGUCUGCGCCAUCCUCAUGUGGAAACUCCCCCGCUCCAACAAACACGGCCUCCUCGCCUCCUACUACGUCUUCUACACCUACUGGGCCCCCUACGUCCUCUCCACCUCCCUCCCCAUGGCCAACACCAGCGGGCACUCCAAGAAGCUAACCCUCAACGCCAUUUUCUUCCUCGCCUACUGCGUCGGCAACAUCAUCGGUCCCCAGGUCUUUCGCUCCACCGACGCCCCGACUUACUCCCAUGGCUACGAGGGCCUGCUCGCCUGUCUUGUCGUCGCUAUCGUCGCCAUCUCAGCCUACGGCUUCCUCUGUCGCUGGGAAAACCAGCGUCGCGACGCCACUGGCCAUACGGACCCUGUGUCCGAGGAUGCGGCGUUUUCGGACCUGACGGAUAAGGAGAAACAGUCAUUUCGGUAUACUUACUAACCUGCCAUACCAACACUCUAAAACUCAUAGUAAC